GUUCGUUUGUUACUUUCGUUACUCCGAAUACCAUAUAACCGUGUGGAAAUAGACAUCGAGAAAGAAGAAAACCGAACCGAAGAAUUUCUUAAAAACGUAUCGUCGGGUGGAAAAUUGCCAGUUUUAAUUUUACCAAGAGAUUAUCACCAGAAAUUAUCUUCCCGCACCUCUAAAAAGAACGAUACCAUCGCUGAAUCAGCCGCGACACCUAAAAAGGUCGUUAUCGACGAUGAAGUAGCAUCUCUAUCACCGUUCAGACCUUCUGAUGAUAUAGACCUCAAUCCCAAAAUUCCGGAUGAUGGUAUCACAUUUACCGAAUCCAAUGCGAUUCUCACCCUUCUUUCGGAGGGUACAUCGUUGUUUCCGAGGGAUCCGAUCGAUCGAGCUCAAGUGAUGCAAUGGUUAUUCUGGGAACAAUAUUCCCUAACGCCAAAUAUAUCGCCUUUGCGCAGGUGGAUCACUUACAUGGGGGUUGGAGAAGAAUCCGAAUAUUUGGAUCGAAUCGUUGAAAAGCAGAAGCAAGGUUACGAAGCUUUACACUUAAUGGAAGAACAUUUGAGAGAGAGAAAAUUUUUUGUCGGCGAGGCGUUUACCAUCGUUGACAUCGCUUUGUACGCCUACACACAUGUUGGCGAAGAAGCCGGUUAUUCUGUCGAUAGCUUCCCAAUGAUAAGAGCUUGGUUUCAUCGGGUGGAACAAAUGGCCGGUUUCAUCCCUAUUAACGACUGA